GAGUCGUGACUCACUGAACUGUUCUUCACGACUGACACCCAACGCAUUUGGAAUUUGUUUCCUAUUUACUUAUAAUAUAGCAAGCUUAGUAAUAAACAGCUCCACUAUUUAGCUAGUCACAAUUGAAAUGUUACAUUUCCGGUCUUCGAUAGUGCUCAAGGAGUUGUUUCGAUCCAACUUGAAGCGCACAUUUACGGUUAUUGCCAGAAAUAAGUCUCCCUCAUCAGUAGCGUCUUGCUUUACCACAGUCUGUAGCACAGAUGUCAGAUCCGUGACCAAAGUCAAGUCCUUCCAACAUUCGGUUGGAUGGAGGGCUACGCCGUACAAUACCAAGAUCAACGGAACUCGGAGCCUUUCCACCAAGAGUGAUGACGGUUCGGUACAACCGCCACUGGAUAACAAAAAUGAGAACGCCACCAGCAAUGAAGCCGCCACCAAGGAAGCAGCUGCAGAAAAGAGAAGGAAGGCAGGCAUCCUGCCCAGCCUGGAGGAUCUGCUGUUCUACACCAUUGCAGGGGGGGCCGAGAAGAUCCCAGCUCACAGAUUCACCACAGCCCUGAAGUCCACUGGGCUUCGGACCGGAGACCCCAGGCUGAAGGAAUGCAUGGAGAACCUGAAAGUCAUCAUGAAGACAACCUCAGACGGGAACCUGGACCGACACCUCUUCAAGAAGUGUGUCCAGAGCAACAUCGUGCUGCUCACCCAGGCCUUCAGGAAGAAGUUUGUCAUCCCGGACUUCAUGUCCUUCGCCUCGGAAAUUGACGCGCUCUAUGAGAACGCCAAGAACCUGGGAGGGGGACAGGUUGCGGACUACAUUCCCCAGCUGGCCAGGUUCAGUCCAGACCUCUGGGCUGUGUCCAUAUGCACUGUUGAUGGACAAAGACACACAGUGGGGGACACCAAAGUCCCGUUCUGCCUGCAGUCGUGUGUAAAGCCUCUGAAGUACGCCAUCGCCGUGCACGACCACGGGACAGAGUACGUGCACCGUUUCAUCGGGAAGGAGCCCAGCGGCCUGCGCUUCAACAAAUUAUUCCUCAAUGAGGAAGACAAACCUCACAACCCCAUGGUUAACGCCGGAGCGAUUGUGUGCACAUCCCUGCUCAAGCAAGGGGCAAGCAAUGCUGAGAAAUUUGAUUAUGUUAUGAACUUCAUGAAUAAGCUGGCAGGAAAUGAGUAUGUGGGUUUCAGCAAUGCCACAUUCCAGUCAGAGAGAGAGUCCGGGGAUCGGAACUUUGCUAUUGGUUACUACCUAAAGGAGAAAAAGUGCUUUCCAGAAGGGACAGACAUGACCUCCAUUUUAGACCUGUACUUCCAGCUGUGCUCCAUCGAGGUGACCUGUGAGAGUGCUAGUGUCAUGGCAGCCACACUGGCCAACGGCGGCUUCUGUCCAAUCACUGGCGAGCGCGUGCUGGGCCCGGAGGCGGUGCGCAACACCCUGAGUCUCAUGCACUCCUGUGGCAUGUACGACUUCUCCGGACAGUUCGCCUUCCACGUGGGACUCCCGGCUAAGUCCGGCGUGGCGGGGGGCAUCCUGCUGGUGGUGCCCAACGUCAUGGGGAUCAUGUGCUGGUCUCCACCACUGGACAAGCUGGGGAACAGCGUGCGAGGCAUCCAGUUCUGCACGGAUCUGGUGUCCCUCUGCAACUUCCACAACUAUGACAACCUGCGGCACUUUGUCAAGAAGCUGGAUCCUCGCAGGGAGGGCGGAGACCAAAGGGUGAAGUCGGUCAUCAAUCUUCUCUUCGCUGCGUACACCGGCGACGUCUCUGCACUGAGGAGAUUCGCUCUUUCCUCCAUGGACAUGGAGCAAAGGGACUAUGACUCCAGGACAGCCCUCCACGUGGCAGCAGCAGAAGGACACAUAGAAGUAGUCAAGUUCCUGUUGGAGGCUUGCCGGGUCAACCCUGUUCCCAAAGACAGGUGGGGUAACACCCCAAUGGACGAGGCGGUGCAUUUCGGCCACCACGACGUUGUGACCAUGCUCCAGGACUACAAUAACAAGUACAGCCCACCUGGGGGCACUAACGAGGACAAGGAGAAGGAGAUGGCCGAUAAGAACAUUGACGGCCUCAUUUGAAGCAAACUAACACUCCAAGUACCCCACCCCUGUUCCCUAAAAAUGUAGAAAUGCGGUAACUAGAACGGUCAUUCCUAUUGAGAUCAAUGUAUAUGACAGGAGGGGUUUGGCCCAUUCUAGUCAUUUUAUUUCUAUGCACCCAUCAGCUACUAUCUAGAAGAGUAAGUGUGUGGUUCCUUUGUCAUGUUACUGGUCGGUCACGUGUACUGUUGAUAAUACUGUGCUGUUGAUUUUGUAUAAAGUGUGGUAUUUAUGGAUAUUCAAAGGACAUUUUAUGUUUACCUUUUUAACUUUUUCCCCCACGUUUUUAUGUUUGUUUGUUGAUUUUUCUCUUAGCUUUUCAUGUCGUUGUACUGCUCUCACUGUGCAACCCUCCCUCAGUCUGUGUCACAGUAUGGGGAACGUUUUCUCAAAACAUUUAUCUUUAUGUACAACAAGUGUGGAAAACCUGAACAUACAUAAGCUGUACAUUUAUUUAAAUGUGUGGUAAUACCCCUUCCACCGAGCAAAAUCAUUUUGGAAGAUGUCUUUUCAGUGUCCUUUUUUGAUCAGAAAGACUUCUUUUCAUUUGCUCAGUGGACUGACAUUAAUAUUUAAUAUCAGUGGUAGAUGGAUUCAGUGUAAAUACUCGCUAAAAAGUUUAGUAGCUUUUUGAAAGUAUGGCUUAUAUGGAGCAAGUCUUGGUUUGUUGGGUUGCUAUUCAAUGGUUUGCCAUUUGCACACACCCCCCCCACAAAAAUGUUUUUGUUUGUUCUUCAUUGUAUAACCUUAUUCCAAUAUUGAGUAGAAAGGGGGUUAUUUAUUUAACAGUUUCAGCCAAAACUUUGGUGUGCGUUUGCUCCGCCUGAUAAUGUAGUUUUAUUAUAAAAUGAAGUUACAUCAUACCAUACCAAUGUGUGAAGCCACUGCAAAGAUUCUCUUGAUCAGUAUAAUUCUAUUAAAAUGCCAACAUGUGCUCUUUACAGAGACGGCACCCAACUAUUGAAAGUCAAAUUAUAAAGCUAAACAGUUCAGACAGGAAACGCCAAGUAUUAAUUAGACCAUUUAUUAGAGAAACCUAGGAACACACACGUCUUGGUAUUAGGUUCUGCUUCUUUGGGGUAAAUCACUGCCAUUGCUUGAUUGUGUGUAUAAUACUGCUAACAAUAACCUUAAUAAUGUAAUAUUAUUAAUAAUAAUAUUUAUAGGCAAUGAGUACGGUAAUCCCCCCCCCAUAGAAGGAAACAGAGAGCCAAAACGACAGCGGCUGGAGUGGGUUUAGCAACCGCAUGCUAACACGACCAGCUAGAGCAGCAGACUGAGAACGCUGACCGACUUAAAUGGACCGUCAUGUUAGAUGAGGCAAAUCCUGAGGCUGUGGAAGAGCAAUCACAAUGUCAGCUGAUGCUUCGCUGAGCCAAUGCCCACUCUGGUUUCCUGGCUGAACUAUCGGCGCUUUAUAAAACCUUCAGAAAAAUGUUUUCUUCAUCAGUUUCUAUAUGCUGCGGUGCCAAUUUAUAAUGUCUUAUUAUGUCACUUGUGGUCACUUUUAGGUGUAGGAAGUUACAGUGCAUUUCACUCUGGUAAAUGCUUUUAGGUCGAAACAACUCUAAUGUACUGAAUGGUAGAGUAAAAUAUUGCCACCAGAAUGUUUCUUUUGGGGUCAAAAAGGUAUAUAGGUCAAAUAGGUAUGUAAAACAUCUUAAAUGUAUGAGAUCCUACUGGUAAAUAUUUGAGCACUUUUUAUGCAGAGAUACACACAUUGAUUGUUUAACUGUUUAGAGUGUGCAAGUGUAAAAGAAACAAAACUAUACUUGAAAAUCUGAUUGUUUUGGUGAGAACUAGCCUGUGUGUGUUUUUCUGACUUAACUAUAUAUAGGGGACAAAAACUUUUGCAAACUGUAAUUAAAUCAGAAAACCCUUUCUCCUGUCCCCAUUUUGAAAGAUGAUUACUUUGUUUACGUGUUUAGGGCAAAAGUUCAAAUUCAAGUUGGAGUUAGGUAUAGGGAUUUUUUAAGGGCAAUCAACCUUGCAUUCCUCAUUUAGAUAGCUAUGUAAGUGUGUGUGUGUGUGUGUGUGUGUGUGUGUGUCUAUGGAAGACACAGCGACUGCAAAUCUGUUAACUACAGAGGACAUCGCUGUCAAAUCUCACACAACACCAUCGUACUAAAACUAAGGCAUCUGACUUGUGAACUGAUGAUUUGGUUCUAUAUUUUAUUUUUGAAAAACUCAUCUCAAGUGUUAUAGUGUAGCUUUCAUCGGAUUCAAUGGACUCUUAUUCAGUCCCUGUUGCACAAUAUGCAUUGUAUAUAUGAGUGUACAUUAGAUAACUAUGAAUGUACUACAGGUGUGUUUAUUGCUAUUGAUGUCAUGUUUGUUUUCAUAAAAGUAUAUUUCAUAUA